AUGGCUGCCAGAACGGGUUCGACCGGCGCGGCCACCUAUGCCGACUGCGUCGAUUCGCUGCGCAACUCUCUCAAAUUCCUCGAGGCCUCCGUGGAGACGAUUGACCGUGGCGUAUCCGACUUCCCCCGCGUCGUAAACGUCCUCAAGACAGUUCGACCCACGCUCGCUGCUGCUGAGGCUUCCCUGCGCGACGAGAUUGGGCCCUACAUCGCCUUUCUCCUCAGCCGCGCCGAUGCUCAAGUCGAACGCCAGGAACGCCGCAUUGAGACGCUCAAGGCCCGGGCUGAGUUGCAGCAAGGACGGCUGACUAGGCCUGAUGAACCGGCACGCAGCGCAUCUAGGCCUGCUUCGGCAAGGAGCCGGCAGCUCCGAGGCGAGGACAAGCUGCGCGCGCGGAUUGUGCGCCAGCGUAAGGAAGCUCUACGUUAUGGCAUUGAGAGGUUGGAGCUGGAGGUGCUCCAGAAAGAAAGAGAGCUAAGAAAGCGGCUGGAGAACCGAUAG